AUGUCAGCAUCCACUAAAUUCUUCUCAUAUUUCAAUAAACGUAUCAACAUUUUCUUCUUCUCAGGGCUUCCUCAAGCAUUACAAUUCUUAGUGCUUGCGUUUUUCGUAUCGAUCAGUGCAUACCUACAGAGAAUAGAAGAACACAAGUGCAGGAAUAUCAUAAACAAAAAGAGCACUAAAUUCGUCUACAGAAAGAGGAAAUUACUAGGAUAUGUUGUUACUGAACCACUCGAUUGUGCGAUUUGUUUAUCGGAUUUUGAGCAUGGAGAUAAAGGCAGAAAAAUUGAAAGUUGCAAUCAUAUUUUCCAUGAGAAUUGUUUGGAUAAAUGGCUGAUGCAUGGGAAAGGACAAGCGACAUGUCCUCUUUGCCGCAGCGUGAUUAUACCGGAAAUUAUGGUGGAUGUUCACCGGAAAGUUGAAGAUGAAGAGCUGAGGUUUGGUAUGUUUGAGGAGGAACUUGCUUUGAUAUUGCUCUCUUGGUUGACUAGUAGUCAAAGGUGUUUCUAA